CCUCCUGGCCAAGAUGGCGGCGCCCUUAGCGCAGCAGCUGCAGGAGCUGCUCGACCCCCGGCCCAGCUGCCGCGACCCUGAGGACGAUGCGGAGGAAGCUACAGUUGCUAAAGUAAUUGACAAAUUUGAGGACGAAACUGCAGAUGACAUUUUACCUGUUGGUGACAUAAGGAAAAGAGCUUCAGCCUCUCUCUUGGAAGCUGAUAAAAGGUACAGAGGGAAAGCUACAUCUCGCAAGGCCUUGCAAGAAGAACUCUGGGGAGAUGCUCUGUCUGAAGAAGGGUCUGCCGAAGAAGCACUAGAGGAAUGGUACAGUGGCAGUGAGGAUUCAGAAGAGAACGGCAGCUCGGGCAGUGAAACAAAGGAGAAGCUCAGCCGUGCUGGCAGUGACCAGGAAGAUGACUUGGAAGAUGAUGAAGAGAAAGAUGUGUCUGUCAAGGCCAAGGCACCAAAGUUCAGUUUCCAGAACAUCACAGACUUUGAGAAAUUUGCAGAGGGGAUGGAUGAUGUGGGAGGCAGUGAGGGGGAAGAUGAAGAUGAUGCCAGCAUGGAAGAAGGAAGCGAUGAGGAGGAAUGUGAGAGUGAAACCCAUGACAGUGUAAAGGAAACCAAAGACAAGGAAGAUGAUGAGGGGAUAAUGACAUUCUCAAAAAGAGAGGAGACUGAAGAAGUGGAAAGGGGGAAAGCUGUGAAGAACCAGCUAGCACUCUGGGACCAGCUGUUGGAAGGGAGGAUCAAGAUACAGAAGGCUCUCGUGACGGCCAACAGGCUCCCACAGCCAGACACCUUCCCACUCUUCAGGAAGGAAGGUGGACAGGAGUUUGACAAUGCUGUUGAGAGCUGUUGUAAAGCCUUGGAGGCAUUGCUGAAAGUGUUAGUGGACCUCCAGGAUGAGCUGCUUUAUCAGUACCCAGGCACGAGGCAUCUGGUGGAUGGAAAGCAAGCAAAAACUGAGAGCGACGAUGAAAUCCCUAGCAGCAGUGAUGAAGAGCAAGUGAAGAAGGCCCAGGAGAAGAGGAGGAGCCUCCCCAAACGGAAGCUGAGGAUGGAGGAGUACCCAGAGUUCAUAGCCAAGCGCUACGCUGACUUCAGGACCUAUCGCAACAACGUCCUGCAGAAGUGGCAUGAGAAGACAAAGCUGGCAUCUGGCAAAAUGGGAAAGGGUUUCGGUGCCUUCGAGCGCUCCAUCCUGGCUCAGAUCGAUCACAUCCUGCUGGACAAGGAGCGGCUGCUCCGGCGCACGCAGACCAAGCGCUCUGUGUACACCGUGGUGGGCAAGCAGGAGCCGGAGCCGCCCCCGCUCCCCCAGCCUUUGCCUGGAGACGUGGAAGUCCUCCCUCCCUCUGAUUCCAACAGGCACCUGAAGGACAUAGAUGAGGAGAUAUUUGAUGAUGAUGACUUCUAUCACGAGCUCCUUCGGGAAUUCAUAGAGCGUAAAACCACCUCGUGGGACCCCAACGACCAGGUCGCGAUGGGCAGGCAGUGGUUGGCCAUCCAGAAGUUACGGAGCAAGAUAAAGAAGAAAGUGGACAGGAAAGCCAGCAAGGGAAGGAGGAUCAGGUAUCACGUCCACAGCAAGCUGGUGAGCUUCAUGGCACCUAUUGACCACUGCACAAUGAAUGAUGAUGCCAGGACGGAGCUGUAUCGGUCGCUGUUUGGAAAGAUCAGGAGUGAAGAACCCAACCAGAACUAGACCACGACUGGCCCCACCAGCCCUCUGCUACCCUGGCUUCUCACAUCUCUGCCUGGGCAGCCUCCACAAAGGGUUUGUUCCCCCAAACCUUGCUGAAUGUCUAUCAAACACGGCCACUCUAAA